AACGCUGUAGUAGCCAUGGCUCAGUACAAAGUGUAUGACCCGGAGGAAAAGAUACCGUGCCCCUACAACAAGUGUGAAAUGAUCAGAGCAAAGCGAAUGCCAUACCAUCUCAUCAAGUGCAGAAGGAACCAUCCCUGCACAGAAUAUACCAGCUGUCCCUUAAAUGCGACACACAUAGUGCCUAACCCAGAGCUGCGGUACCACAUUGAUAACUGUCCGGACAAAGCUCGUGUGGAACAAAACUUGGCGUACGAGGAGUACAAGAAGGAUGGUGGCACCCUGUUCCAGGGCUGCACGGAGUUACCAAAGUAUGGUAAAAUAAACUUGACAUCUGAGGAAGAUUGGGAGAAGGAAAUCCCACUUUUUCCUCGUAUUGGGGUGGAUCCAAACCUUUUAGCCAAGAUGGAUGGGAUUCAAAUACACGGACUUACUGCUUCUGAGAAGAAACAUAUGAAGGCUCAGUAUGAUCUGCCACCAGAGAAAAGAAGGUACUUUGAAAACCCAGAUAAACCGGUGGAGAUUGUAGAAAAGACAAAGGAAACAGAAUUAGAGUUGAGGAUUCCAUACAAAGCUUCCAAAACCUAUGUCCCCAAACCAAAGUCAACUAAACGGCAACCACAAACAGUGUUUGCAUACUCGCUGUCGUCUACAGGUGUGGGGAGAGGCCAGGCAGCAGCCCUGAGUAAGGAACAGGAGACCCCCGAGGAAGCUGUAGGGGUGGCAAGAAGUGUGGGAAGAGGCACUAUCAGGGUUGGCAGAGGGAUGGCAGAUGUAGACAUGGGAGGAGAUUAUAGUUCAUUGAGCUUGGUUGGAAGGGGGCGGAUUGGCAGGGAGAACCAGCCAAACAUGAGCCUUGCUGGAGAGAUAUUUGGUGUUGGCACUGGUCGCGGGGUCUCCAUAAUCAAUGCAGAUAUGCAAGAUCAGAAGAUUGGGAGAGGACAGAGUACACCGCUGAGAGCCAUUCCUCACCGUGCAGCUGCUGGGCUCAGUGUCCCAUCCCAAGUGUUGUCCAGAUCAAUCUCCAAGGGAGGGGCCAAAUAGUUUAAAUGUCCACAAGUAAAUGUCUGUGGAUAGAACCCAAUAAUGUGCUUUCUAUUUUGAUCUUGUGAAUUGGACCUCUGAGUUUCACAAGAAGAGUAAACCAAGGCAAUUUCUCCUGAACUGUUUGAGGUAGGACUUUCAUAUUUUGUACUUAGAUUCCUUAUGACAAGACCUUUAAUUAUGUUUCUUUGCUGCAUUCAGUGACAGUGUUAUCUUUGCUUUAUAUCAUGCCCUUCGUCCUGAGAACUGCAUGCAUUUCGAAUUGAAAACUUUUACACAGGUUUUUUGCCUAUGAUAACUAUAAGCAGUGAAAUCUUUGCCACAACUUUAUUUCCAUCAUAUCUUGUAAUAAUGGACAAAGUUACAUGUUAAUGAAUUUACUCAUUACUAGAAAAUAUAGUCAAAAUUUUUGGGUGAAUUAAAGAAUAGGAUGACUUCCUUUUUCUAAUGCAUUUGGGUGAAAAGUGCACAGUAUAGAUAUUUCCCUGCAGACAGUACUUGGAUCAGAAUGAACUGUGAACCACACAUUUAUUGUUCUGAAAUAGACAAUACUUAGACCACACAUUUAUUGUUCUGAAAUAGACAGUACUUAGACCACGCAUUUAUUGUUCUGAAAUAGACAGUACUUAGACCACACAUUUAUUGUUCUGAAAUACUAUAUACAGGGAUAUUUGCCCCGUGUUAAUUUUGCCUUUCUACACUUGCAAACAGUUUAGCUCCCGUUUUAAAUUCGCCCAGACAUAGUUGUGUUAAAAGAGAGAUAUGAGAGAAAACAGUUUUGCCCACUCUUAAAUUCGCCCAGUGACAGGAAGGGCGAAAGGGACGAAAAUAAAACGGGGGGCGAAUAUUUCCCUGUAUACAGUAAUUGGAUCAGAGUGAUUCGUGAACCACACAUUUAUUGUUCAGAAACGUAUCAUUUUAAGGAGACCUGUACAUACUACAUCGUCAUAAUGGCUGACUUCCUUUAAAACAUGAUUGAAAAUAUAAAAUAUCAGCAAUAAUUGUGUAUUUUUCUUAUUAAAUUGAUUGCCUAGUCGGGUAACUCGGUUGGUUAACGUGUAAGCUGUUUAAGCAAAGGUUUUACUUUUUUUUUCAGAUUAGUUUUUACUCAGACUGCUUUAUUUCACAAAACAAUGUAAAUUUGAAAAAAUUCCAAUUUCAAAAUACAUGUACCCCGGUAUUAUUGUAUAUAUCGUCCACUUUUCAUCCAUAUAUCAAAUUUCUCUGUGUGUUAACGUUAUUUCAUAACAUUAAUUGUGUGUUGAACAGUGCUAUUGAAAGUCUUGCCUACAUAUAUACGUUUCUAAAAUCUUGAGGAGAAAUUGCUAUGUACAGACUUAGAUAAGAAUGUAUAGCACAUAAUGGAUAAAUGGCUGAUACUUGCAAAUAUUGCAGAUGUUGGAAGAAUUUUUAGAAAGAGGUAAUGUAUAUUUGUGGUUCACUUUAAUCUUGUGUUUAGAUGUUUUUCUUUGAAUGGUAUGCUGAACAGUGUGUUAAAAUGCAAGUGAGUUUUAUAUGAUACUGUAUAUUCAAGUUUAUGAAUGUCCGUGAAUGUGUUAUGUUUUAUAGAGAGUGUUUAGCUCUAGAAAUGUCAGACAACAUCUGUGUCACCUUUUUAUUAUAAACCAUAUGAAUGUUUAUAUUUUAUGUAUUUUUUAAAUAUUUGAUACAAAUAAAAAAAAAACCCAGUA